GGCAGCGGGUUCCCUCCCUCACGCACGGCCCCUUGUGUGUGUGUGUGGGAGAGGGAGAUCCACACUGACGUCUCUGAAGGGGUUAAACGGAGGAGGAGCGACGCAUGAAAGGAGGUGGAGGGGAGCGCGAGAGAGAGAGAAAAAAAAAGAAAAGCGAGCCGAGCGGGGGCGGAGCCACGGCGCUCAGCUCAGCUGCUGCGUCUUGUCACAUUCGUGCAGAACAUGAAAGCUGCGCGCUGCGCCUCUGCUGCUGGAUGAUUUCGGCGUCUCUCGCUCCAAACACGAACGAGUCGGCGCUGCGCGUUUCACGCGGACCUGGAUGUGAGGGCAGCGGGCACUGAGGUCAGGAGCAGCCGCCGCCGCCGCCGCCUGUUGGAGCCCCGGCGCACGGAGGGAGACCGGUUCUUUGGCGCUGCUGACAGGAGUCCACCCACGGCGGGCGCAAACGGGACAAGCGACCGCAACGUAAAGGACAAACUGCAACUGGACGGGAUUUCCUCUCCGGUUCCUGCGCCGCGUUUGCUUCGCAGUCUUGUUUCUGUGUUUUUUUUUAGACACAGACUUCGGAGAUUUGUCUAUUUUUGGGGGGAUUUUACCCGGAUUGUUUUUCUCUCUCUUUGUGGCUCGGAUUCAGCCUCAAAUGUUUGCAGUGUGUGUGUGAACAAGGCCAGAGGGGAGUGAGGUAUUCCGCUGAAGUUAUCCGCGUCGUAUUUAAUUUGAUUUUUUAAUUCUAGCGCCGCGUUCCUUUAUCGGACACCAUGCUGCAGACUGUUCUGCUCAAUUAUAUUUUCAAGCUGAGCGCAGCCGAUUAGGCUUUUUUUUUUUCUUUUUCUUUAAAUCGCAGACGCAGAUUCACUCCUCGAUUUUCGUCUUUGCGUGAAGAUGCCAAACGCUCCAAUGUCCCUGCUGGGUCUGGAUUUACCACUUUCCCCUCGAUUUUGAUGCAGUUUCCCCAUCCUCUCCCCGUCCUCGGUUUCUGGUGGAGAUCUGAAAACCCACAAGGCUCGACAGUAGUUCGGUUUGAAAACGAAAGAAAAUAAAACAAGAAUCCCCCUGCUGUCGUCCUGCGUCGUAUAAUGUAUGAGAGUGUGGACGUUGUGGGACUGAAUCCCAGCCCGAACCCGUUUUUAAUGAUGGAUUACUACAACCAGAGCAGAGGAUGUUUGAUCCCGGAGAAAGGACUGGUGCCCGGAGCGCCUCAUCCCUACAGCGCGUCCAUCAGGAACCAGCACUGGAACGGCUCCAAUCACUCGAUAGAGACCCAGAGUACCAGCUCAGAGGAGAUAGUGCCAAGUCCGCCCUCGCCUCCCCCUCCGCCCCGCGUCUACAAGCCCUGCUUUGUGUGCCAGGACAAGUCCUCAGGGUACCACUAUGGUGUCAGCGCCUGCGAGGGCUGCAAGGGCUUCUUCCGGCGAAGCAUCCAGAAGAACAUGGUGUACACGUGUCACCGGGAGAAGAACUGCAUCAUCAACAAAGUCACGCGCAACCGCUGCCAGUACUGCCGGCUGCAGAAGUGCCUGGACGUCGGGAUGUCGAAAGAGUCAGUGAGGAACGACCGGAACAAGAAGAAGAAGGACGAGAAGAAGCAGGAGUGCACGGAGAGCUACGUCCUGAGUCCAGACACGGAGCAGAUGAUAGACAAGGUUCGCAAGGCGCACAAGGAAACCUUCCCCUCUCUCUGCCAGCUGGGCAAAUACACUACGUCUAACAGCUCAGAGCGACGCGUGUCCUUGGACGUGGACCUGUGGGACAAAUUCAGCGAACUUUCCACCAAGUGCAUCAUCAAGACGGUGGAGUUUGCGAAGCAGCUGCCCGGCUUCACGACGCUCACCAUCGCCGACCAGAUCACGCUCCUCAAAGCUGCUUGUCUCGACAUCCUGAUACUGCGGAUCUGCACGCGCUACACGCCGGAGCAGGACACCAUGACGUUCUCAGACGGACUCACGCUAAACCGAACCCAGAUGCACAACGCAGGCUUCGGUCCCCUCACAGACCUGGUUUUCGCCUUUGCCAACCAACUCCUUCCUCUGGAAAUGGACGACGCAGAGACGGGGCUGCUUAGCGCCAUCUGUUUGCUGUGUGGAGAUCGUCAGGACUUGGAACAGGCGGAGAAGGUGGACGUUCUGCAGGAGCCUCUUCUGGAGGCGCUGAAAAUUUAUGUACGGAAGAGGAGGCCGCACAAACCGCACAUGUUCCCCAAGAUGCUGAUGAAGAUCACCGAUCUGAGAAGCAUCAGCGCUAAAGGAGCCGAGCGCGUCAUCACCCUGAAGAUGGAGAUCCCUGGAUCCAUGCCCCCUCUCAUCCAGGAGAUGCUGGAGAACUCGGAAGGCCUGGAGAGUGGUGCGGCGGGCGGGCGGCCGACCGGCGCCCCCCCGGGCAGCUGCAGCCCCAGUCUGUCCCCCAGCUCGGCCCAAAGCAGUCCAGCCACACAAUCGCCAUAGUAGUAGCGGCGGUGGCGGCGGCGGCAACAGCUCACUUUUUUAUUUUCCCUUCGCGACGCUCCGUCUCCUCCUCCGACGUUCCCGACGAGGAGGAGCGAAGGAGGGGAGGUCUUGACUCGGACCGCUGAGCGACGGGAGACUUGGCAGAGCCAACCUCCUCCUCCUGUGACACGAAUUCCCACCUCCCGAUCCUGCUUUCCCUCACUCUGGAGCACUGUCCUGACUCGAGGGGGGGAGGUAAGGCUGGCGCAGGCCCGGGGAUGGGGGGCGGGGGCAGCGGGACGCCUCCCAGAGACCACACCGUAAACACUGCUGAUGAGUCCUCCUCCUCCUUCUCCCUCUCCACUCACUCUCCCCUUCAUCACUGCUCCUCCCCUCUCUAGACUGAUGGAAUCCUGGAUGAAGCAGAGACGGGGUGGGGGUCACCGUGGGACAGAUAUAUGGACAAAUGCAAACAGAACACCAGACACUUUUUCUUCUUUUUUUUUUUUGUUUUGUUUUGUUGUAC